AUGGCCUCAGCAGGGAAAGUGAAGUACAGGGGCAACAAAGAAACAGGCGACUCGAUCAGUGGCGUUAGAUCCACAGAUGGCUCGUUACAGAGAUCGUCACAGCGUCAGAGCAAGGUAAAUGGCAGCGGAGCCAUGGAACCGGUAACCCGUGCGGGAUCAGGCGUCGUGCGCAACAGGCAAGACAGUGCCAAAUUUUGCUCGGUGAAUACGCCUUGGAGGCGCAGACUUCAGACACUGGUGGUCGCCUGGCAUGUAGGGUCCUUUGUAUACAUCCUGGCAUUUGCCAUUCUUGCUCUGGCAAAUCCUGUGAUGUGGGCCAUCAUGAUUCCCUAUAUGAUGUACUACGCUGUGGACCGGUCCCCAGCCAAUGGCAAUGUCACGAAGAGGUACUCAGCGUGGGCCAGGAGUUUGUCUCUCUGGCGCUACUACUGCGACUACUACCCAAUUCGGCUUCAUAAGACCACUGACCUUGAACCGUCUUUCACGCCCAGGGAAAUAAAUAGUGCUGACAAAGCCCGCCAAGACCGUUACCGCAUCAGUUUUCGCGUGCGGCUGUGGCCCCUCAAAUAUGCCUUGAAGUUCCGCAUCUUGAAGCGCGACGAGGAUGAGGUCGAGUGGGAAGCUACAGGUCCACGCUAUAUUUUUGGCUACCAUCCCCACGGCGUUGCUGCGCUGGGCGCCUUUGGUGCGUUUGCCACGGAGGGUGCUAACUUCUCCCAGCUAUUUCCUGGGAUUCGCAUGUGUUUGAUGACGCUCAUAAAUCAAUUCCAAAUCCCAUUCUAUCGAGACUAUCUGCUUGCACUUGGCAUUACUACCGUUUCCAAGAAAAAUGCGCUGCGAGUCUUGCAACGGGACUACUCCAUCUGUAUUGUUGUCGGUGGCGCCCAGGAGGCGCUUAUGAGUAAAAUCGGAUCUGCAGACUUGGUGCUGAGACGCAGAAAGGGGUUCAUCAAGCUAGCGCUGGAGACUGGAAAUGUUAACCUGGUGCCAUGUUUUGCGUUUGGUGAAACCGAUUGCUACAACAUUUUGCAAACGGACGACAAAUCGUAUCUGCGUAGGUUGCAACUUUGGUUCAAGCGGUCUUACGGGUUCACCAUUCCAUUUUUCUUUGCUCGUGGUCUAUUCAACUACGAUUUCGGCUUGAUUCCAUUCCGCAAACCAAUCAACAUCGUCACAGGUAGUCCAAUCUACGUGAAGCACAAGUACGAAGACCCAACAAUUGAGGAUAUCGACUAUUACCAAGAGCUAUAUUUGGCGGAGCUUGAAAGAAUCUUUCACACCUACAAGAAGCAGUUGGGGUGGCAAGGCCAAGAGCUCAAUUUUGUAGAAUAA